CCGUUGCGGUGGGAGGUGCUCCAUCUCUUGCGGGUUCUUCGCCGCCAGCCUUUGCCGCCCGCCCUCCCGCCCGGUCCUUGUCGCCGUCUGCUCCGAAACCAUGGAACUGGCGGACGGCGUGGUCUACCAGGAGGAUCCGGGCGGCCCCGGCCCGGCCAUGAUGUCAGAGCGGGUGUCGGGUCUGGCGGGCUCUAUCUACCGCGAGUUCGAGCGGCUCAUCGGGCGCUACGACGAGGAGGUGGUGGCCGAACUGAUGCCGCUGGUCGUGGCGGUGCUGGAGAACCUGGACUCGGUCUGUGCGCACAGCCAGGAAACCAGCGUCGAGCUGGAGCUGCUGCGGGACGACAACGAACAGCUCCUCACCCAGUACGAGCGGGAGAAGGCGCUGCGUAAACAGGCCGAGGAGAAAUUUAUUGAAUUUGAAGAUUCUCAAGAACAAGAAAAAAAAGAGAUUCAGAUACGAGUAGAAGCUUUAGAGUCACAAACUCGGCAACUUGAACUGAAAGCAAAAAAUUAUGCUGAUCAAAUUAGCAGAUUGGAGGAGAGGGAAGCAGAACUAAAGAAGGAAUACAAUGCUCGUCAUUCAAGGCAUACAGAGAUGAUUCAUAAUUACAUGGAACACUUGGAAAGAGCAAAAUUUCAUCAGUUGACAGGAGGGGAUCAGCCAGAGCCCAUCAUGCACAGUAGAAUUAGAAAGGAGCCUCCUAUAUCAUUGGGCAUCUUUCCGCUCCCUACAGGAGAUGCACUUCUUACUCCUGAUUCUCAGAGAGGAUCAGUGGAAACUCCUGGAUCAGAUAGUUGGAAGUUCCGUGAACUAAGUCAGCCUCGUUCCCGCACCAGCCUCAAGGAUGAAAUUUCUGAUGUUAGCCAAGCAGGGUCCAAAUCUACUACACCAAUCUUAACUGCUGCUUCAGAUGUGCUUAAGUCUGCUGAGUCUCCCCUGCAUGAAGACAAGGAAGGCCUUGCAAAGAAUUCUGAUUCAUGGAACCAGAAAUUGGACAUAAGCAAGCACAUUGAAGUGCAGGUAGCCCAGGAAACAAGAAAUGUAUCUAUUGGAUCUAAUGAAAAUGAUGACAAAUCUGAAGUUCAGGCAAUCAUUGAAUCCACUCCAGAGCUGGAUAUGGAUAAAGAUCUUAGUGGAUAUAAAGGUUCAAGCACUCCUACCAAAGGCAUAGAGAACAAAGCAUUUGAUCGUAAUACAGAAUCGCUCUUUGAAGAACUAUCUUCUGCGGGUUCUGGUCUGAUUGGGGAUGUGGAUGAAGGAGCAGAUUUGCUGGACCAUGAUUUCUUUGGAAUGGGACGUGAAGUUGAAAACCUUAUUCUGGAAAAUACACAACUACUCGAAACCAAAAAUGCCUUGAAUGUGGUGAAGAAUGACUUAAUAGCAAAAGUUGAUGAACUGACAUGUGAAAAGGAUGUGCUGAAAGGAGAAUUGGAAGCUGUAAAACUAGCCAAACAAAAGCUUGAAGAGAAGAAUAAGGAGUUGGAGGAAGAGCUUAGAAAAGCCCGUGCAGAAGCUGAAGAAGCAAGGCAAAAGGCAAAGGAAGAGGAUGAUAGUGAUAUUCCUACUGCUCAGAGAAAGCGAUUCACACGUGUGGAGAUGGCCCGGGUUCUCAUGGAACGAAAUCAGUACAAAGAAAGGCUAAUGGAGCUUCAGGAAGCGGUGCGAUGGACUGAGAUGAUAAGGGCAUCAAGAGAAAAUCCAGCUAUGCAAGAGAAGAAGAGAUCGAGUCUUUGGCAGUUUAUGCCAGACAGUUUUAGCAGAUUAUUCAGUUCAUCGGGCAACACUACCAAGAAACCAGAACCACCAGUUAAUGUUAAGUACAACGCACCAACCUCACACAUUACUCCUUCAGUCAAGAAAAGAAGCAGCACCUUAUCUCAGCUCCCAAGUGACAAAUCAAAAGCUUUUGAUUUCCUCAGUGAAGAGUCUGAGGCCAGUAUGGCCUCACGAAGAGAGCAAAAAAGAGAACAGUAUCGCCAAGUGAAAGCCCACGUUCAGAAAGAAGAUGGCCGAGUGCAGGCUUUUGGCUGGAGUCUUCCUCAGAAAUAUAAACAGAUUAUGAAUGGUGGUGCUCAGGGUGACAGCAGGAUGAGGAAUUUGCCUGUGCCUGUUUACCUGAGACCACUUGAUGAAAAGGAUACCUCCAUGAAGCUAUGGUGUGCUGUAGGAGCGAACCUAUCUGGAGGGAAAACACGGGAUGGUGGUUCAGUAGUUGGCGCCAGUGUCUUCUACAAUGAUAUUGCAGCUACAGACAUGGACAACGGCAAACCGAGAAGUGCAUCUCAAAAUAGCUUGGACAGAUUGGAUCAAGAACUCAAGGACCAGCAAAAAGAGCUGAGAAAUCAAGAAGAACUGUCAAGCCUUGUUUGGAUCUGUACGAGUACCCAUUCUGCUACGAAAGUUAUCAUUGUAGAUGCUAACCAGCCAGGAAACAUCCUAGACAGUUUCAUUGUUUGCAAUUCGCAUGUACUAUGUAUAGCUAGUGUGCCAGGGGCUCGAGAGACUGACUACCCUACAGGAGAAGAAGGAUCACAGGAACCAGACUCUGGUGUGGUGGAUAAGUCAUCCAUUUGUGGCAGCAUAAAUAGCAAUAGUUCAGCAGAAGCAGACUGUUUGUUAGGAGGAAUCACAGUCGUUGGAUGUACAGCCGAAGGCAUUACAAGUUCUGCUGCUACCCACAGUGCCAGUACUGUUUCACCUGAGAUAAACAAACCGCCAGAUAUUGCAGCUGAAAAUGAUGCAGUAGAUGAGCAUAUUCAGACAGCAGAGGAAGCAACUGAAGCGACAGAAGUCAGUGCUGGCUUGGGAGAAGAAGUAGCAGAUAUUGCGCAAAGUGGCGUUUACACAGAGCAUGUCUUCACAGAUCCUUUGGGAGUCCAAGAUACUGUAGAAGGUUCUCCAGCUUUCCAGUCUAGCAAUGAGUCUGAGUUGUUUAAAGAUGUUGCUGAAUUACCAAAUGAGCAGGAUCUUGUAAGGGAAGAAGCACAAAAAAUGAGUAGUCUUUUACCUACUAUGUGGCUGGGAGCACAGAACGGAUGUUUAUAUGUUCACUCUUCAGUGGCUCAGUGGAGAAAAUGUGUUCAUGCAAUUAAACUUAAAGAUUCAAUACUCAGUAUAGUGCAUGUAAAAGGAAUAGUACUAGUUGCACUAGCCGAUGGAACCUUAGCAAUAUUUCAUAGAGGAGUUGAUGGACAAUGGGAUUUGACAAAUUACCAUCUCUUAGAUCUUGGCCGGCCUCAUCAUUCAAUCCGAUGUAUGACUGUGGUGCACGAUAAAGUCUGGUGUGGGUACAGAAAUAAAAUCUAUGUGGUUCAGCCAAAAGCAAUGAAAAUAGAGAAAUCAUUUGAUGCACACCCAAGGAAGGAGAGCCAAGUGAGACAGCUGGCUUGGGUGGGAGAUGGAGUGUGGGUGUCCAUUCGUUUAGAUUCAACUCUCCGGCUUUACCAUGCACACACUUACCAGCACCUACAAGAUGUUGACAUUGAGCCUUAUGUAAGCAAAAUGCUAGGUACAGGAAAGCUGGGAUUUUCAUUUGUGAGAAUCACAGCUCUGAUGGUGUCUUGCAAUCGCUUAUGGGUUGGGACAGGAAAUGGAGUCAUCAUCUCAAUACCAUUAACAGAAACUGUAAUCCUCCACCAGGGACGUUUACUGGGGCUGAGGGCCAACAAAGCAGCAGCAAGCUCUGGCAACCGUCCUGGCAAUGUAAUACGCGUGUAUGGAGAUGAAAACAGUGACAAAGUGACCCCUGGAACCUUCAUUCCUUACUGUUCAAUGGCACACGCACAGCUUUGUUUCCAUGGGCAUCGUGAUGCUGUUAAGUUUUUUGUUGCAGUACCUGGUCAGGUGAUUUGUCCCCAAGUGAGUGGAAGCUCAGAAUUAUCUGGUGAAAGAACUACCGUCUCUACACAGGAACCCAAUAGCCAGACUCCUUUAAAAUCAGUACUGGUGAUAAGUGGAGGAGAAGGGUACAUUGACUUUAGGAUGGGUGAUGAAGUUGGUGAAUCCGAACCCCUUGGAGAAGCAUUACCAAUUGAGCCUUCCGUUGCCAAAGCUGAGAGGAGCCACCUGAUAGUGUGGCAGGUUAUGUGUGGCAGUGAAUAAGCUCCAAUAGAAAAUGGCUUGAGACUGCAAAAGCUUUUGCAUGUCUUCAGUUUUGUUUUGUUUCUGUGGAACCCAUUUCACUGCAUACAGUUUGAACAUUUCUUUGUCAUUUGACUUUAUAUCAUAAACCUCUCAAACCUUAAAACAGGAACCAGCUCGUGCUGUUUUACUGCAUCAGUGUUAUAAAACGAGAAUAAAUUGGUCUUCCCAAGCAGAUAAAUGCCAUAUUUUGUUUCCUAAAUGCACCUUAUAGGCCCCACUGCAAUCUGUAACACAACUCUUUCCCCCCCCCUACUUUCCAUAAUGUUUUACAUUUAUAUUUUGAGCCAUUUUGAAUUCAUUUGCAUAAGAGUAAAAUAGAAAAUUAAUAUUCUGGGUAGUAUUCAAAAGAAACAGACGUGUAAUAUAUACAGGAUUCACUGAACACAUCAAAUUUGAUGGUUAAAGUAAAUUGGAAGACUUUGCUUUUUUCAUUUCUGAAUCCUGCCAAUUUUGUGAACCUUUGUUUAUAUUGAGAUCCUUGAACUAAAAAUUUACUAGAUAUUUGGUUCUUUUUUUUUAAAUUUAGUUCUAAUAGCACCAAAAAUCAGUACAGCUAUCCUAAAUAAAUGAAAAAAAAUGUGGUAUUUUAUGGGGAGAAUAGUCUUCCCAAUUUCCUUAUUUAACAUAGCUUGGAAACAUCCAGUUUAAUCUCAAAAGGGCAUUAGAUCAAAGCAUCUUCCUUAAAUACUCCUUGAGCAGACAAUAGGCUGCCUUUGUGUGCUCCUAUUCAUUGGAUCUUGGGGAUUCCAGCUCUUCCCAUGGGAUAUAGAAGGGCUCUCAGUGGUGAGCAAACUAGCAGUGACGAUGCAUGAGAAAAAAAAACCUCAAUUAAGUUUAAAUUAUAUUAUGUUUCAGUCCAUAUUAUCAGUCUACAGAUGCCAUUCAAAAGAAAGGUCUAUCCAGUAUGUUCCUUGAUGGAUUUAUGAAAUGGUGUAUUCAUUAAUUUUAAUGUAAGAACACCAGUGUAUAAAAUUUGAGUGGCCAAUCUGAGAAAUUGGAAAAAAUACUAUCAUGCAAUUUAUUCUAUCAUUUCACAUUUAAAGUUUUGGACUCAGUAUACUCAUUUGCUAUCCAAUUGAUGGUAAGGCUAAAUUAAAUGCUAUAUUUUUAAUCACUCAGAAAAUAAACUGCUUCUCAAUGUUUUCCUUGUUAUAAAAUUGGAGUGAAAAUACUAACAUUAAGCUUGUGUCCACUAAGAGACUCUGGCUCUUCCAGUUAGAUGGGAGUUGCUAUUAUUUACAUGACAGAAUGGAAGAAUUUCAAAAUUUGAAAUGGCAACAUUUAAAACCAGGAAUUGUCAUGAAAAACUGCCUAAACCUUUUUAUGCAAUAGGAGCAGUUUGUCAUCUCUCAAGGAAACAUGUAUUUAAUACACACACACACACACACACACACACACACCUUUUUAAAAUCACAUUAAACUGAGAUCUGUUGUGUAAAUAUUUAUUUAGGCAGCUUUUUAAUAAAAGAAACUAUAAUCUUAUCUGAUGAAAACUUAAUAAUUUUCCCUUCAGAUGUACUGAUUAUAGUUUUAUAUGUAUAAAUACUUUUUAAGCAUCCUAUUUUGUACACAAUGAAUGCAUUCUGAUAGGUAUGUAUUUUAACCACAAAAUGUGUGGCUAAAAAUAACUGAGAAUGGUUGAAUGUUUAAUACCUUCAUAUUUUGCUCAUCAAUAUGCCCAAUGUGAUCUGAUCACAAUAGACUUAAAAUUUAUUUCAACUGCUGAACUGGGUUUAAGAAUUUUAACAAAAGGAACACUGAUGAAACACUGUGAGAAGGAUAAGAGGAUAUGGGUUUUUUUCCUCCCAGAAAUUGCUUUUGCUACACUCAUAUACAUCCAUACCAGACUCACGUUUGUGUUGCACUUUUCACACUUUUCCAUCCAAGGAAAUUUUAAUAGUCAAUUUGGGAGAGAUGUUCAGGUGAGUUAGUGAAAGUUUCACCAUAUGUGCCUAUAUGGCACACAUGAGCCUUACCAAAAGAAGAUAGAUUCUUAAGAUUUUGUCCUAUCCUCAGAGCAGUAGAAACCAUUCAUGCAGUUCAUAAUUCUAGAUGUCCAAAAGACAGCCAGUUCCAUUAACUUUGUUACCCCUUGCCUUUCAAGGCAUCUUACUUUGAGGAGAUCUUUUGGAAACAUUAUCCUGAUUUUUCAUGAGUGGUGGAAUAGUUUUUGGAAAAAGGAAUGAAAUUCCCAUAUAUUGGUUUUCAAUUUUGUCCAGCAUUUUCAUUUUAAAAUCAUUAGAACUGUUUCUCUGAUUCCUUGCUCAGACAAAAAAAAUACACCUCGGUGAUAAUGUUUAAUGACUUUCCAGAUGGUAAAUUGCCAUUCUGUCCUCAUUCGGGCAAUGGUCAUUCACAGCAGAAGACGGGAGUCUGCCAGAGAGAUCAACACCUGUAUUAGUGCAAGUGAGGGAAGAGCACCAUUUUUCAGUCUCCUUUUUAAAAUUUAUUCCCUGUCCUAAAAAAAUUGCAGUUUUAAAAGAUGGAUGUAGAAGAUCCCUUUCACUUAAACUUACACACUCCCUGUUCCAGUACACUCUAAACUGUAGAUGAUUAAAAUUUGCUAAAGUUCAAGCACCCAACGAUUGCCUAACAAAUCUGUUUUGAGAGUGUCAUAUGUUCAAUGUGUAAUCAUAGUUCUAAAAUCAGAAGUAGGAAUGAGUCUCUUGAUAGUUAACAGCUUUGUUAAUAGUUUGAGAGAGCAUUUCAAGCACAAAAAAUGCAGCACAUGAUUUGUUUGGGUAAAUGUGUUUUGCAUGGUAAAAGAUAAUAAGUUUAUGUAUACUGCCAUUUAGUUUAUUUCUUGCAAGGUCUUCCUGCAUUGGAUCAGUUAGAGCUGGCAGAGUGUAGACACUUUAUCAUAGGCUGCCUUAGUAACUAAAAUGUUUUAUAAUCUUCUAAUAUGCUAACUGUUCUAAAGAACAUGGCGUCCUGAAAAUAAUGUUUAAUUAAAUAUUUAUUUCCAUGUGAGUAUUAUGAAAGCUACCAAAGGACUUGAAACUGACUUGGCAUGCUUACAGUUGACCCUGUGCAUAAAGGAUUUUGUAAAAAUCCCAAGUUUGUAAAAAACGACAGAGUGAGAAACACACUUCUUUGUGGAUGCUAACUUUAUUUUCUUAACAGGGUUAUGCCAUAUUGUAACAACCUUUGUUUUGCACUUCAAAACAUUGAACACUAAAUACUUCUCUCUAACAAUGUCAUUACUGCACACUUCUCUAUCAUUUAAACAUGUUUUAAGGCAUUUUAUGGUCAUUAACUUUUUGAAAAUGUUGUCUAGACACUUUAUGCUGAAUUUUACUUUCCUCUGUAACCUUGAGAUGAAUACUGCAGCAUUAAACCUGCUGUCUGUUUAAACUUGAGGCUUCUUUUCUGUGAGCUGAUAAGCUCAUAUAGCAGUGAAGUUAUUUCAGUAUUUAUUAUUGAAUCCUUGGGGGUUCAGAAUGUAACUUUGUACAUGAAAUAUAUAUAAAUAUGUAUAUGAAAAGCA